UCGAAUCAAAUGGCAGCCUCAAGAUCCGGCAUUGCUGUUGGUCUCAACAAGGGCCACAUCACCACCGUUCGCGAACUUAAGCAGAAGCCUUCGCAGCGCAAGGGCGCUCUUGGCAAGCGCACUGCCUUCGUUCGCAGCAUUGUCCGUGAAGUCGCCGGUUUCGCCCCUUACGAACGUCGUGUCAUGGAAUUGAUCAAGAAUUCCAAGGAUAAGCGUGCCAAGAAGCUCACCAAGAGAAGACUUGGUACCUACGGCCGUGCUAAGAGAAAGAUUGAAGAACUCACUGGUGUCAUUGCCGAGUCCCGUCGCCAUUAAAUCGCCCAACUUUUUUUAGUUUGCACAACCAUCAAUAAUAAAACGACACGCAUAAAAAAUAUAAAAAAGGCUCAACACUUUGUUAUGUUAUGAUUACUGUAUUCGGUCAUAUUUUCAACCCGGGCAAAUUUUAUUAUGAAGAAAGAAAGAAAGCGAAAACGAUGAGAAGCAAGCACGACAAAAGAAUAAGUGAGAAACAGAAAAGCAAAGAGGUAAUGCAAAGGAAAAAGAAAAGGUCGAAGUGUAAAAGCAAAAAGAGACAGAUGGCGAAUUAUAUUAAAGAAAGGUGUUCUGCUUUUGAG